AUCGCUCGAAAUGAAUCUGAGAGGUGGUCUCGUCCUCGCCAUCUCGCGGCUCGUUUUCUUUCUGGCGGUAGUGAUUUUUCACGAUCAGUCGCGCGUAAACGCCCAACGAAGACAAUACGUGAACCUCUAUGGCACCGAGGACUUCAACUCCACCGCGAUGGAGAACGUGCUUGGCACAGGGAUGGGACUGAUAAAUUUCUUGUACAACAACCAAAUGUUGCAACAGAACGCCCAACCGGAUGUGACGCCAGCGUCCAAUUCCCAGUACGAUUUCAUCGUGGUGGGCGCUGGGACUGCUGGCGCGACGAUUGCGGCCAGACUCAGCGAGAUCGGGGAUGCAAAAGUGCUGUUGAUCGAGGCUGGUCCCGAGGAAACUCUGAUCAUGGACAUUCCUAUACUCGCGUCCUUCAUGCAACCGGUGGACGAGAUAAACUGGAAGUACGAAACGGAACCGUCCGACACGUAUUGCACGGGGAUGAAAGAGCACAGAUGCAAAUGGCCCAGAGGCAAAGUGAUGGGUGGUAGCAGCGUUUUGAACUACAUGAUAGCCACCAGAGGCAACCCGGUGGACUACGAUCGAUGGGCCCAGAUGGGCAACCCCGGAUGGGCUUUCAAGGACGUUCUGAAGUACUUCAAGAAGAUGGAGAACAUGCAGAUACCAGAGUUUAGGAACGAUCGAGAGUACCAUAGCACCGAGGGACCAGUGUCCAUAGACAACGCGCCUUUCCACACACCAUUGUUAACGGCGUUCUUGGAAGGCGGUCAGGAAUUGGGGUAUCCGUUAUUGGACUACAACGGACGGAAACAGAUCGGUUUCGCGCAGAUACAAUCGACCAUGUACCGGGGAUACCGAAUGAGCAGCAACAGAGCGUAUCUGGUAGGGAAGAGGCGGCCGAACCUUCACGUGACAAAGAUGAGCAUGGUGCACAAAAUUUUGAUAGACAGGGAGUCGAAACGAGCGGUGGGUGUUCAGUUCGUGAAAAACAAUCGUCGUAUCUCGGUGUACGCGACGAAAGAGGUGAUAAUGUGCGCUGGGGCUAUCGGGACUCCUCAAUUGUUGAUGCUUUCCGGUAUAGGGCCCGCUGAACACUUGAAGGAAAUGGGAAUCGAGGUGGUGCAAGACUUGAGAGUAGGUGACAAUCUUAUGGACCAUAUUGUGUACGGUGGUUUGACGUUCACGAUCAACCAACCGGUCAGCUUGUCGAUGCUGACUUUGACGGACAUUUCGAAGCCUUAUUUUAGGGACUUCUUGCAAUCGAGCAGCGGCCCGGCCACGAUCAGUGGCGGUUGCGAGGGCAUCGCGUUCGUGGACGUGGACGAUCCAACGAACCGCGACGGGCUUCCAAACAUCGAACUGCUGAGUCUGGUCAGUUCGAUUUACACGUACAAAGUCGCCAUGGACAAUUUCGGUUUCAACGACGAGAUCGUGCAGAAGUUCUCGUCGUUCCAACACACCCCAUCGUGGGGAGUGUUCCCGUUGUUGCUGAGACCGAACAGCCGCGGCUGGAUAAGGCUCAAGUCCAAGAACGCGGACGUCAAGCCGAUGAUCGUGGCUAAUUAUUUGGACGACCCGGAAGACAGACGGGUUUUGGUGAAAGGGAUCAGACUAGCCUUGCAGGUCGGUCGAACGAAAGCCAUGCAGCAAUUCGGCGUGACUUUUUACAACAAAACUACGUCCGAGUGCGAGAAGUACCCCUUUGAUUCGGACGAUUAUUGGGUGUGCAACGCCAGGUCACAGACGCUUACUAUUUAUCACUAUAGCGGUACUUGCAAAAUGGGCCCACCGGAAGAUCCCACUGCUGUCGUCGAUCCGACUCUAAAGGUGUACGGAGUCAAGGGAUUGAGAGUGGCCGAUGCUUCCAUAAUGCCGGAAAUUCCAUUGGGGCACACGAAUAUUCCUGCAUACAUGGUCGCUGAAAAAGCGGCGGACAUGAUUAAAGAAGAUUGGGGAUAUCUGAAUAGUUAAUUAUCAGACUUGAACUAGAAAAUAUAAAAGUGAAAUGCUAAAAAAUACUCAUUUAUAAUAAAUAUGAUAUACAACGAUAAUUGAGAAAUCAUUAACACCGUGUGAUACUGCAUCUUGAAAAAUGCAAUAAUCAAGAGCGAUACGAGCAAAAUAUAUAUCAUUUUAUGAAAUAUUUAAAGAGAAUAAAAUCUAGUUAAACAUGUGACAAAACAAAACGGCUAAAAAGUGCUUAAAAGAAUUUACAUUACUCAUAUGAAUUUCAAAGAUGGUAAAUGUCAACAUUUGAACUUAAUAUUUUUUUAUUUAUAAAAAGCGCUAUAUAAAUUUUACGAUUGAAAAACAUGGAGUGUCGUAACUAUUAGUCCAUAAGUCAACCUUGAAUAUCUGCGCCGACCGUAAAGUGUUCGAUUGAAUAAUAAUUAUGUCCGAUAAUUAACAAAUUUCCACUCUCGUUUCUCGAGAAAACAUUUAGCAGAAUUGAUGUUAUCGAUUAGAUGUUAGUCUACUAAUUACAGUAAGUACGUUUUAACGCAAAUACGCUAGACUAAUUUAUUCAGAUAUGUGGUAUAUUUACAUUACAGACUGUAAAGAGAUCGUACAAUG